CUAACGGGAACAAUGGGCCGCUAAAACUGAUUAUUUGUUGCAAUCGUUAUCACGUUUGUGGGAAUCGAAAUCAUCACACUAUAGCCUUGAAAAUGCAAGCAUAACAUAGCUAUGAUAAUUACUGAGUUGAUGCGCGGUUCCAGCUAGCGCCAAGAUGCCAUAUUACUGCACAGUGCCUCGUUGCACUUCGAUGGCCGGUAAAGCCAAGAACGUAUCGUUUCAUCAAUUUCCUAGAGACGAGGAGCUCGCCAAGCUAUGGAACCGCAUACUAAAAAGAGGAAAGCCUUACACUAAGUACUCAAAAGUGUGCAGUUUGCAUUUUAAACCGGAAGAUUAUACUAUAACGAGCGUGGGAAAAAAUAAGGGACAAUGGAGAACCCUCCGGAAGGACGCCAUUCCAUCACAAAACCUCCCGUCAGAGUCACCGGUGCCCUACACAAGACAGUCGCCAGGCUGCUGGGUGCCAGGCCAACCUGCCCUAACAGAUCCUAUGGUGCAACAGCAAAUGGCGCAAGCUAUAUACAUGCAGACAAUGCUUGCCAUGCAAGCUGCUGGUGCGUCAGAUUCCCUCGCUGCAACCGAUCAACCUCCUCAAAUCCCUGAAUCAACGAACCCUAGCCCCUCUAGCAGUUCUCUCACCGAGAUAGAACUAUUACUCCGAAGAGAUUCAGAACAGAAAGACAUCACCUACAAAUGCCAUGAAUGCUCCAAAUGUUUCAAAGACCCCGAUGUAUUUAUCCUACAUAAAAGGACCCAUAAGAACUCUACACAAAUAGAGAAGGAAAAUUACAGCACCAAUAUACAAGAUAGAGAAGAAACUCUAAGAGCUAAUCCAAUUUUAGCCAAUUUACUAAAAUCUAGUAUGAGACUUGAACCGGAAACAAAUAUGUCAAAUAUACUGACAGUUGAGAAUCAGAUCAUGGCAGCGUUAGCGUCUAAUAUGGAGGCGUAUAUAAGAACAUUAUCGUCUAUGUUAAGUCAAGCUAGAGAAACUGAGGAAAAAGACGAUUCUGAUUAUGAAAAUGAGAGAGAAACUGCAAAAGAGUGUGAAGAUACAGAUGAGGAACAUAUGUGUAUAGAUACAAGUAAAGAAACUAACCAAGAUAACAUAGAAGACGAUAUACAGGAUGGUCUUAAAGUCAAUGUUACUGCGUGUGUAAGUCCAGUAGAUGUUAAAGAAGAUGAUACAAUGAAAGAUGAUAUAGAUACAGAAAACCAAAGUGAUGUUAAAAGUAUGAAUGAUGAAGUCAUAGAUAAAAUAGAAGAGGCUUCCAGUAAUCAAGGUGUAGAGAGUAAUGAAACAAAUCAGGAAACUCUAAAUCAUGAAUAUCAGGUAGAAACAACAAAUAAUGACAGAAUAGAGUCAAAAGAUGAGACGGUUGAAGAGCAAAAUGAAGUAAUGGUUCAUAAACAUGAAAAUUCAAAUGAAAUCGACAUGAUUGAAGAUAUAAGAAGAGCAGAUGAAAUUAAAGAAACCAUAGUGGAUGAAAAUCACGUCAAUGCAACUAGCAAAGUAGUUGAUGAAAAUCACGUAAGUACAGAUAAUGCAGUAAAUGAUUUUAUAGAUGCAAAACCAAAUGAUGCAAUAAAUGAAAAUAACAGUAAAGAUAAAAUAUUUGAUGAUAAAGUAGAUCAGGCUAACCCUGAAUGUGAUAGAGAUGUAGAGCCAGAGUUAAUUAGGAUAGAGUUAGAAAAUUAGGUAUUAAAGUAAUUUUUUUUACAAGAUAUGCCUUGAAUAGAGGUUUUAACGAUACAGAACAUUUUGUCAAAACAGUACAUUUUGAGUCACAGUUUUUAUGAAAACUGUUCGUCAAUGAAACAAUAGGAUCUCUGAUUUCUAUGAAUUUUGAUAUGUAUUACUAAAAUUUAGUUUUAAACUUUGGUCACUUCGCAACAAUUACCUACAAACUGCAAGAAAUGUCAAAAUAUUUAAGAUAUCUUUGAUUGAAAAGCUUUUCAUCGAUAUUUUUAUUUCUGUAAUAGGGGAGACGACUAAAAAAACUAAUUAGUCCGUCAGUUAGAUUAUCAAAGAAUUUUAGACACUUUUUUUCCUCGUAGACGAAAAAUGAAGACGGUGCAGUGCGUUGAAGUUUCGCGUGACGUCACGCCUAGGUACAAUUUUUACUUAGAAGUGACGUCACAAGCCCCCACUCCGGAACUUUGAUGCUCCUCUAUAUCUUUGUAUUUUUUUCAUUAAUUAGAAAAAGCGAAAAAUAUGUGUUCAAUAUUUUUGGACGAUCUAACUGACGGACUAAACAGAAUGCCAAUUUUUUUAUGUAGUCGUCAUCCCUAUUAGUAACUUCCAAGUUUAGUUUUAUCUUGAUUAUCAUUUUAAUGAUAAAUUUACAAUCUCACUGGUAAAAACUGGUUACGAUGAAGAAAACUAUCUUGUAAAAACAUAUUCCCGCCUCAUAGACUGCUAAAAGGUUAUGUAUAUUUUGUCUAUAAGUAGAUUAGUCUGUAGUCUUGGGUAAACUACUUAUAUUUAGAAUUAAGAGUAAUUUUCAUUCAUUUUCAUUAAAAAAGUUGAUGGAAUAUAUUUUACCGUACACAUGUUUACAACUUUCAUCAUAUGUAGUUCAGUAAGAUAUAAUACUUACGAAAUAACUCAAAAAUAGAUAAAAUACUUGUCCACAUAUUAAAAAACUUAUAUUUGAGUUAUAGUAUAAAUCAUGUUCAUAAAAUGGUAUUUUCGCGAGAGAAAUCACCAAAAAUUUUUUUUUCGAAGAUAGGUAAAUUUUAUGUUUUUUCAAUAGGUAAAUUUUAUGUAUUUCAUCACACCCGCACUUUAAAUGUGCUAUUGCACGCAGGCGGAGCGCGAGUUAUAGA